AUGUAUUCCUCUAUUUUCUUGUUCUUUACGGUCAUCUUCUUUUCAUCAUCUUUUGUUGCCGAGUCCAUUGUACCUUCUUCAAAGACCUUCAAAUUCAUAAAUCAAGGAGAUUUUGGCAAGGACAUGGUCGAGUAUGAUGCCCAUUACCGUGCUCUCUCUUUGUUCAACUCUCCUUUCCAACUUUGCUUCUAUAACAAAACUCCUAAUGCAUUCACUCUUGCAUUGAGAAUGGGUUUGGUAGGAUCCCAGUCCAUCUUCAGAUGGGUUUGGAAUGCCAACCGUGGGAAUCCAGUGCGCGAAAAUGCCACCUUGACGUUCAGUACGGAUGGUAACCUUGUAUUGGCCGAUGCUGAUGGUCAGAUUGCCUGGCAGACCGGUACAGCUAAUAAAGGUGUCGUGGGUCUUAAUCUUUUAUCAAACGGAAAUACUGUGCUUUAUGAUAAGCAUGGAAAAUUCAUAUGGCGGAGUUUUGAGCAUCCCAGCGAUACUCUUUUGGUUGGUCAGAGUUUACGUCCAAAUGGUCCGAAUCGGAUCAUUAGCCAUUCUUCUGAUGUCGACGUAUCUGAGGGUCCUUAUAGUUUGGUUCUAGAAAAGCACAGACUGAAUUUAUAUCUCAAAAGUAAUAACCUUAAGAAGCCAUUACUUUAUUACACAUCUGAUUGGUUUGGAACUAGUCAAGGUCGAAUGACGCAAGUCUUGUUCAACACAGCACCAGAAUCAGAACAAGCUUAUGCAUAUGAGCUUUAUAUCGAACCAUUCUUCGUCUAG